UAAUGUCUCUGAACUCUUUCGUGCAAAAAUAAGAAACCUAACAGCGGUCACGUGUAUAAAAGUCGAUAAACGGUAGUCGACCUGCAUCAGUUAGUCAACGCCUUCCAUCAGCUAAACACCAACAUGAAGUUCAUUAUCCUCGCUACUCUUUUUGCCGUUGCUGCCGCUACCUACGUCACGGAUAGUGUUUCUGCCGCAUCGGUUUACUCCGCAUCCGUUUCAGAACCCUCAUAUGCUUCAGUUUCAGAUCCUAACUAUUCGCCUUCAGCUUCAGAUCCUAACUAUUUGUCUUCAGCUUCAGAUCCUAACUAUUCUUCUUCAGCUUCAGAUCCUACCUAUUCCUCACCGGAUUCUUCUGCUCCAACAUACUCCGAACAGAUUCAUACUAGUGUGGUUUAUCCAACGCAAGCUACCAACGAAUUAGUUUACUCCGAAGUAUCGACAAGUUACGCUGCAUAUAACAACGGCAGUGAUGAAGAUGACGACGAUGAUGAUGACGAUGACGACGAGGAUUCCCACGUUGAGCAUCAUGCUGAAUUCGAAUCUCUAAAGGAAGGAAAGCAAGAUGAUGAAACUACUUCAUCGUCUUCCUCAUCCUCCUCAUCCUCCUCAACCGACUCCAACGUCGAACAAGUUGAUUCUGAACCGGCCUACGAGACUCCUGAAACCGUCACUUCCACCUACGAGGAUCCGGAGACCGUCGGUUCCGCCUACGAGACUCCGGUGGACGUUGCCUACGAAACUCCGGUGGACGUCACUUCCGUCUACGAGACUCCAGUUACUAGCUUCUAUGAUGACACUGCCACCAUUCCACCCAACUUUUUGCCAUACUGGUUACGUCCAGGUUACACUGCAACCUACUAAGGGCAGUGAUAAUAGUAACGCUUAUUUAUUAAUUGCCUUAAGAUAGUUUAUCAGCAUGAUUGUUUUCCUACAUGAUUGCGUAAUGGAUUUAUUCUCUCUCAUCUCGUGCUCCAGAGAAACAAAAAAUUUAUAAGAUUUGCUUUAUUUUCAAAAUAUUUUAUCAUCGCUUUUGUAAUCUCAAAUUCAGAUUCAAUAUGACUGAUGAAAUCAU